GUAUCGAGUAUAGUAACCAUGAGCGCCGUCCAAGAAAACGCCGUACCUUCCGUCCAGGAGAACACCGCUGCUCCCGUUCAAGAGACCACAGUUGCUCCCGUCCAAGAGACUACCGAAGCUCCUGCUCAAGAGGUCACCGAGGCUCCUGCUCAAGAGGUCACCGAGGCUCCUGCUCAAGAGAAGCCUGUAACUUCCAUCAAUGACAAAAUCCGCAAGCAGUUCAACUUCUACUUUGGUGACUCUAACUUGCCUUACGACAAGUACCUCUGGACUUUGACCGGAAGCACUGGAACUGGAUGGGUCCCUAUUGAGAAGGUUGCCAGCUUCAAGAAGAUGCAGACAAUCUGCGACGAUUUGAACACCAUCAUUGCUGCCUUGAAGGAAGUUCCCUCUGACUUGUUGGAGAUCGAUGAGGAAGCCAAGAACAUUAGACGCAAGACCACUCCCGUCGAAGUCAAUCACGAAAUCCGUUCCAUCUAUGUUAACAACCUUCCUUUGGUUGAUGCUGGUAUUGAUGAUCGCUCCAUUGCUGCUGAAAACAUGAUUGCUCUCCAGAACGAACUCGAGGAACUCUUUGAGACCGUAGGUGAAGUUCUCGCUCUUCGUUUCAAGAAGUUCCACAACAAGAUGAAGGGCUCUGCUAUUGUUGAAUUUGCUACUCCCGAACUUUCCGAGAAGGCUGCCGCCAAGGAAUGGGAGUUCCGUGGUACCAAGCUUUUUGUUCAAACAUCCACCCAGCACGCUGAGCUUAAGAAGAACAAGCCCGUCAACAAGCCCUUCAACAAACACUACAAAAAGCAUUAUGAAUUCAAUGCAUUCAGACCUGCUCCUCCUCGCCCUACUCACAACAACAAGCGUAAGGGAGAUCAUGAACAUAAGAAGCAGAACAAAUUUGCAAAGAAGGAGCAGACAGUAAAAGAAACCGUUGACGAGGAAAUGCCCACAGCCGCACCAGUAGCAGAAGCACCAGUCGCACCAGUAGCAGAAGCACCAGCAGCACCAGCAGAAACAGAAGCAGCACCCGCAGCAGAAGUACCAGCACCAGCACCAGCAGCAGUAGAAGAGAAGGCUCAGCCCGAGGAGGCAAAGCCCGUAGAGGAGAAGGCAGAGUAAUAAAUAAAACACAAAACGAAGAAGACGAAGACGAAGAAUUUACAUACAUAUUACACACAUACAUGAACAACAAACAACCCAAGAUAUAUUAGUGGAGAAGGGAGGGGAUGGGACGUGAAAUCAAAAUAUCAUAUAUUUCUCUAUCUAUCUAUCUAUCUAUCUAUCUCUUUACACAAGAAUGGCAUAGACUCAACCAUGAAAAAAAUACAAUAAAAUAAAGUGUCUACACAUGUUACAUCAC